AUUUUGAUUAUUUCCCAUAACUUAGAAUUUUCAUGUACACAACGAAGAAUAAAUAACUAAAUUUAGCUUGAAAUCGCGCCUCUUGUACCGGGAAAAUGAUUUGAAAGCAGCAUGAACCUCUCCCACCAAAAUCAUGGCAUCGCUUCUUUCUAUUGUUAGGAGGCUCCAAUUCCAGACAUUGCGCCCAAUUUCAUGUUCCUCUCAAUUCUCACGUUCUAUACCUCGCCAACUUCAGCUUUACUUCUCACAAGCAUUUCAUCAAACACCUCGCCAACGAUGCAGACACGCUCCUCACGCCGGCAGCCGGCUCCAAAAUCACAGCCACAGCCACAGCCAAUCAAUUUAUAGAAUUACCGAUUUCUUGGAACAUGCAGACGAAAUCCCUGAAGAUGCCCAAUUGGGUCUCCGUGGAUUUCUCGAAAGAGUUCAGAAUGCAAAGGAUAUUGCUUCUGGUGAUGAGGCCAUAGCCUUUCUUGAUGAUUCCGGCGUCAAGCCCGACAAAGAUUUUAUCUUUUCGGCUCUCUGGGCCUUGAGGGAAGACUGGAAGCUGGCAUUCUUGGUUUUCAAAUGGGGUGUAAAAUGGGAUUGUGUUGUUAACAAGACUUGGUGUUUGAUGAUAUGGUUGUUGGGUAAUCAUAACAAGUUCAGCACUGCUUGGACUGUUGUUCAUGAGCUCUAUCGAGCUUUGAAGGAUGCUCGGCAAGCAAUGCUGAUCAUGAUCGACAGGUAUGCAGCUGCCAAUCAGCCCGGUAAGGCCAUAGAGACAUUCCACUUUAUGCAAAAGUUUAGUUUUUCUCUUGAACAGAAAACAUACUUCAUGUUCCUCAAUAUUCUUUGUACGCACGGAAACAUUGAAGAGGCUGAAGAAUUCAUGUUUCUGAACAAGAAGUUCUUCCCUCUGGAAACAGAGAGCUUCAACAUAAUUCUCAAUGGAUGGUGUAAUAUAACCGUUGACAUAUACGAAGCCAAGAGGGUGUGGCGGGAAAUGUCCAAAUGCUGUAUUGAGCCAAAUGGGACUUCAUAUAUACACAUGAUCUCAGGCUAUUCCAGAGUAUGCAAUCUAUACGAUUCAUUGAGGUUGUACGAUGAGAUGAAGAGAAGGGGUUGGGUCCCAGGCGUGGAGGUGUAUCAUUCAUUGAUUUAUGUGCUAACUCGUGACAAUUGCCUCAGUGAAGCUCUUAAACUUGUAGAUAGGAUGAAAGAAACGGGUCUGGUGCCUGACUCUACCACCUAUAAUCUUAUCAUACGUCCUCUCUGCGAAACUGCAAAGUUUGAAGAAGCAAGAAGCGUGUUAGCAAGGAUGUUAGGAGAUGACAUCAGCCCGACUAUUGACACCUAUCAUGAGCUACUGAAGGGGGAGAGUUCAGAAGGAGCUCUGGGAGUGCUCAAUCAUAUGAAGAAAGCCAGUUUGUGUCCCAACCGCAAUACCUUUACUUGUAUUGUUGAUAAGCACUUCAAAUUAGGUGAACCUGAAGAUGCAUUGAAGAUAUGGUCUAUUAUGAAGGAAUAUGAAGUAAAGCCAGAUCGCGUGCUCUAUGGUAUUUUGAUUGAAGGAUUGACAAAGUGCGGAUUGAUUACUAAAGCUCGAGAGUUCUACUCAGAGAUGACGUCUUCUGGACUAGAAGAUGAUCCGUCUUUGAAGAAGCUCUUAGAAGAACCUGGUCAGUGUAAAGGGAAGAUGAAAAUCGUGAGACGUAUAAAGAGAGGUAAAGGGUUAGGACAUGGAGGAAGUAGUGUAGUGAAAAAGAGAAACCACCGUAAGCAAUGAGAACAGAAGGGAGUUAGUGGAAGUUUGUUUAUGACAGCACCUUUUAAGCCAGAAAGAAUCAGUUUGGAAAGCUUCCGAUUGUAAAAUGGAAGUGACAAAUGUUGCAGGCUACAAGAUCAUGCUCUGACCUGACCCUCUAAAACGGCAUUGUCGAUUUGGACGAGCUGCAUUGCUGUACGUCCGUAUAUGGAGGAGAGACCGAACUGCCUGAACAGAUGGGGUUCUGCACGAAAAUGGAAGAUCAGAUGGAUGCCUUGAUUUGGCAGGUUGACAACUAAUAUGUCAUUAUUGAAAAUUGGGUUAGUUGCCGAUAAAAUCAUAAACUUCUAUAAUAGUUUGGUUUUUCCAUGAACUUUAAAUUGCAACUCCAAUACACAAACUUUAAAUUCA